CCUAUAUAAUUGUUCUCAUCCUUUUUCCAUUCCACCCUCUUCCUCAUCGAACUGUCUAGACACCCCAACUCUGUUUCCGCUUCACAUUGACAAAUCUCAAUGAUUCGCAAACGAUAUCAAGAAGCCAAAACAGGUUUUCAACUGGUGAAAUCGAUGAAUGCCCAGAAGUACUUAAAGAAAGUAGGACUGGGCAAAGAGGACUACCACUUCUGGAAGCAAAUUGGCAAAGCUCUAUUGUGCACGUACACGCUAUUUGGUGUCGCUUGGCUCUACAACGAAACCUCACCGCUAGGCUGGUGGACGCUGAAGCCUCGGCCCAAGGAAGAAAAAGAAUUAGCCCACCUCUACGAGCGGCGAGAAUUUCCGUACCCGGGUGACGAGGAAGCAAUGGAAGAGUUCGUUACCAAAGGGGGAAUGAUCGGCACAACAAUCGGUCCGAAGGGGAUUGUUGAAACGGAUAGGGAUGCGUAUAACUAUCAGAGGGACUUGCAGAACAAGAAGGUUGAGCAAGAAGCUCAGAAGCUGUGGUUGAGGAUGAGGAACGAGGUCAUUCAAGAGCUUCGAGAGAAGGGGCAUGACGUUGAAUGAGUUCUCGUUGAUAUGGUUUUGUGAAACAUCAUGCGCUGUUCUAAUUUAUUUUAUGAAAUGAAGGCUGAAUGGAAGUUGAAUGGUUUUGUGAAAAUAAUCGUUGUAUGAAAGUUUGAGUUGAGUGGCCGCUGUUAAAGUGUUUCCUCUUUCUUGUUUGAUGUGUUCUUGCUCUGAAAAGAGAAAAAUAAAAAUAAAAGAUAAACCUCAGUCAAUUUUAUGCA